ACGUGCUCGGGGAAGGAGGUUUGAACACCAGGAGUGUCAGACGCCAUGAAUAGAAAGAAAGAAUUCUGCUCGUUGGAUGACAGUAAUAAAGAACUUAAGAGAAGAAAAAUGAAAACUGUGAGGCAAUCUCCUAAGCUAUUAGAAGAGGAUUUUACAGAACCAAAUCAGACAAACAGUGAUUUGUGCCAUUUGUCAAAAGCUCUGAAUGUGGAAGCAUUGCAUGGUGAUGUGAAGGAUGAAGACACUGAUUUUUUUUGCUUCUCUUCUACAGAAACCAGAACUUACUUUAAAUUUGGGCUUUGUGGUGGCAACUCAGAAACAGCAGCAAGGCCCUUCAGUCACAGUACUGAAGAGAAAACCGUUCAUCGCCUGUUUUCUUCAAAUUAUGGGCUGAGAGAUGAACCAGCUCCAACUCCAUCAGCUGACAUGCAAAUCUUUCCUCAGGAGAACACUGGACAAGAUAUUGAGGAAGCUUUGUGUAUAGCUGUUUGUAAUCUUGGCCACUUCCAUGAAGCAGACAAGAUGCUGGAAUGCUUGGAGCUGAAAAUGAAGCACGAAAGAGACAAAGUUACAGAAGCUGCAGAUAAAACUCUUGAUGAACUUAUUACUCUCCUCUCAAGGAGAAGGAAAUUGUUUGCAGAAUUGAUGGAGAACAUCAACAGCUACAGUGCUAGUAUUGCAAAAGCCAAAGAAGUCAUUGAAGAGAAAAAAAAGCACUUGAUUCGUGCCAUUAGGACUGCAAAGGAAUUAAAAUUCUCACAUUUUCGAAGAAACUGUUGUGAUCUCUCUAAGGUUAUUUAUGACUUAAAGUUGCCAGUUGAGGCUGAGCUCUCAAGAGUGAAGAGUUUGAAGGAAAAAAUAUUUUCAAGCCUGUUCCUGAACAGUGACGAGAUUAUAUCCUCGCUAGAAAACUUGGGCAAGAUUAAAUGGGGAAUGACAGAAAAUGAAGAUAAUGGACAAGACACAUUUAUCCUCGGUGACCAAGAAGAAGUGCCUGAUGUCAUAAUAGAGGAAAUACUUGAAGAUGACUUGGAAGGUUUGACAGAAUUGGUGUUGGUAAGCCAUGUUAUAAAUCCCAGCCAUUUCUAUGUUCGGAGAUACUCACAGAGGAAAGAAGCUUUGGCUUUGGAGAAGAAAUUGGAAAACUUCUGUUGUAAUAAGAGUUCUUACCUCUUACCUUCAGACACUUUGGAACUAGGUGCUAGAAUUUUUAUUAAGAGCAAGGAAACUGGAAUGUGGUGCCGUGGAACUAUCACUGAACUAACUCCCCUAGAAAGUAAAAAUCAGAGGAAGCCUUGUGGUCCAAUAAUAUACAAAGUGUGUGAUGUUGCAUUGCUGAAAGUAUUCCUGAUUGAUGUUGGAAGCUCUGUAGUUCUAACUUUCUCAGGGUAUGAUCCCAGUGAAAGGCCUGAUCCUGCUGCUCUGCAGACUAUUGAAACAGAUGACAUUUGUCUGUUUGUAAGGAAGUCUGAUCAGCGUAUUGAGGCAGAACUUGCAACUAUUCCUCCUUUAGCAGUACGGUGUUCACUGAAGGAUGUUGUUCCCAAAAAUACAGGUGAAGGUUGGGGAGAGGAAGCAAAGAAAAAAUUUUUAGAACUGGUAAAUAAUAAAAUUGUUUCCAUGAUCAUAUUUAGAGAAGAGGAUGGUGUUCUCAUUGUGGAUUUGAGAAAACCUCCAUUCAGUGAAACAAGCAGUAACAUACCAGCGUCUCUCAAGGAUGCAUUAGUUUUCUUAGAUUUGGCAAGGUUUAGACUACAGAUUCCCAGUCAAUUAGAAAAUAAUACCGUCUUGCACUACAGUCCACCUAAUAUUCCAAAAGAAGGAGAAGAAGUCUUUGCUGUAGUUUGUCACAUUAAUAGUCCAAGUGAUUUCUACCUCCAUUUGAGAGAGAACCUGGAAUCUUUUCCAGAGAAAAUUCAGGAGUUAAAUAACCAUGAUUAUGGAGAAAACUCAGAAAUUUUCUGCCCAGUUGAAGGCCAAGCUUGUAUUGCAAAACAAGAGGAUGGGAAUUGGUACAGAGCACAGAUUAUUGGGCUGCCAAGUUGUCAAGAAGUUACGGUAAAAUAUGUCGACUAUGGCAACACUGCUAACUUACCUCAUAAAGACAUACGCAGAGUAAAAGAGGAGUUUCUGAGCUUUCCAGUAAAGGCAAUCAGGUGUAGGCUGGCUUGUAUUGAGCCUUUUAAAGGGACAAAUGAGUGGAACAGAGAAGCCAAGAGAAGAUUUGAAGAAAUUACUGAAGAUAAAGUUAUGCUGUGUUCGGUUAUUGAAAUUUUAGAUAACAGCAUCUUAUCUGUUGAACUCUUCAAUUCCUCUGCUGAUAAUGGGAGAAAGUUAAGUAUUAACUGCCAGCUAGUUGAAGAAGACCUAGCAUCCUACAUACCUGGGUACACCAAAAGUACUGCAGUAGGGCCCAAUGAAAUAUGGGAUGAUCCUCUAGAAGAAAAUCCUAAAAGCUCAGAAAUUUUCAAUCCUAUAGACAUGGAGCCUGUGGAUGAAGGACUUUUCAGAUUGGUUUCUAACAAAGACAUACAUGGGAGAGUUAGUCACGUUGUGUCUCCUAGUAAAAUAUUUGUACAGUUGCUGUCAUCGGAAGGUAUACUGAAAAGUUUACAGGAGGAGAUGGCUUCCAUUUACAAAGAAUCCCAGCCACAGUCUGUGAAGUGGAAAAGUGGCAUGCACUGUGCUGUUUACAUACGUGAUGUGGGACAGUGGCAAAGAGGUCAAAUAAGCAGGAUUGUCUCCGAAACAAGUGCAGAGGUAGUACUUUAUGAUUCUGGAGCUGAAAAAACCAUGGAGAUCAGCUGUCUAAGAAAACUUGAGGAAAAUAUGAAGAUAAUUAGGAAACUAGCAAUAGAAUGUUCAUUGACAGAUAUAAGACCAACAGGUGGAAGCACACAGUGGACAGCAACAGUGUGUGAAUUCUUAUCCUAUUUCCUAACCGGAGUACAAGUAAAAAUAAUUAUACAGGAAACUGAUGGGGCAUGUGCAUUGCCUGUGAAAAUUCUUUGCAAAGAUGAAACAGGAAAAAUGAUCGAUACUUCUGAAUACCUUAUUAAACAGGGUUUGGCUCUUAGAAACAGGAGAACUGAUACAGCUGGUGUGGCAUGCUCAGUCUCCAAGGAACAUCUGAAAGUACACGUAGAGCAAGAGAACACACAACUGGAUGGUUAUAACUCCAAAACUGCAUGUGCAAGAAACAGAGCCGUUCCAGAGGAGCACAUCACUGUUUCAGAGAGUGAGCAAAAAUCAUUCAAAACACAUUCAGGAGUGGAUGAAACAUAUAAAUCUCCUGCUGUACCUGAAGCAAAAGUUUUUCAAGCCAUAGUGAGUUGCAUUGGAGGUGAUGGAACUAUUUACAUAAUCCCAAAAUCAUUUGAAAUUGCACUAAGCAGUUUGAUGACUGAAAUACAAAAUACCUUCAAAGGCCUUGGUCUUCUGAUACCCUACUGCUGGAAAAAGGGAGAAGCUUGUGUUGUAAGAGGAUCAGAUACCAUGUGGUAUCGAGGUCAAGUUGUAGAAGUCUGCGGCAGUACUCUCCAGGUACGGUACAUAGACCGUGGUUACAUAGAGAGCAUUCCUCAGUGUCAUCUGUAUCCAACUACAUUUUAUACUGGCAUUCCUCCAUUUUGCAUCCCAUGUCAGCUCUACAAGACAUUACCGGUUGGAAAUUUUUGGCAGCAGGAUGCAGUAGGUUGCCUUCAAGAACUACUUACAAACGAAGAGGUUGAAAUACAUGUUGAGAAAUUACCGGAUAACCCAGGGGACAAAUUGUCCAUCAGCCUGUAUUUUGGUGGGAUUUCGCUUUCAUCCUUCAUGGCACACCAGAAGUACUGCGUCGCUGAAGGUUUUCAGGAUAUACAAAAGGUGGGGCUCCUUGCAGGAGACACUUGUGUUUCGCGUUCAUACAAGUUGCCACCACUACCGGUGCCAGGAAAUCCCUUUCCUGUCAGAGUUACCCAUUUGGUGUCCCCUAAGGAGGUUUAUAUUUGCUUUGAUCCUUCUGAGAACUCUACAAAGCAGCCUGCCAUAGACGUAGAGAGAGCUUACAGCAGUGACUCAGAGCGCCUUGAUGAAGCCCUGAAGUGGUGCAAUAAAAUUGUGGAGUGUCUUCCUCUUCUAACAAACUUUGAAAAAGAACUGCCUUGCCUUGCAGAAUAUGUGGAUGGCUUAUGGUACAGGGCAAAGCUCCUCUCUGUUAUACAGCUUGUCCCUGUUCAGAUUCUGGUUCAGUUUGUUGACUACGGUACUUAUUUAGUUGCCCCAACAAACAGAUUGCGUCACAUACCUUACUGUCUCCUGAAGUACCCCGCUCAGGCAGUCCGGGUUCUGUUGGCUGGAUUUAAACCUGCUCUAGAUGACACAAACAUGAAAAGAAUUCCUUAUUCCCCCGAGUGGAGCCUCAAUGCAUUGUGGGCUAUGGUGGACUGCGUGGAAGGAAAACGUCUCUCUGCUUCCAUACUUACUCUUUCACCAGAGAUCAAAAUUUGUUUGUAUGGAGAUGACAAAAAACUGGUUCAUAUGAAGCUGAUAGAAAUGGGACUUGCAGACUUUGACGAGUGACAUGUUUAUCUGAUGACAGACGUCUUCAGCACCAGUCUAGGAUAGGGAGCAAACAGUUGGGGUGGAGGGGUAUUACUGUAGUUGUUCACUAUGUUUGCAUUGUUGCUCUUUUCUGUUUGUGUUGUUACACCUCUCCUUCACUUCAGAGUUCAGGGAAUAAAGUUGGUUCAGCAUGCAUCUGAAA